AUGGGCACUGCCAACUACUUCCCGGCCCUUAUCUUUCAUUAUCUAUCUAUCUAUCUAUCUAUCUAUCUAUCUAUCUAUCUAUCUAUGUCUGUUAAUUAUCUAUCUAUUUAUCUAUCUCAAUCUUGUGUUUAUUAUCUAUCUAUCUACCGUGCUGUCUGUCUGUCUAUUACAUUGAGUUUAUUAUUUGUCUAUCUAUCUACCUAUCUAUUACAGUCAGUUCGUUAUCUAUCUAUCUAUCUAUCUAUCUAUCUAUCUAUCUAUCUAUCUAUUACACUCAGUUCAUUGAGUAUCAAUCCAUCUAUCUAUCUAUUACAUCAAUUCACUAUCUAUUUAUCUAUCUAUCUAUUACAUGAGUUUAUUAUCUAUCUGUCUAUCUAUCUGUCUAUCUAUCUAUAUAUCGCGCUGUUUGUCUAUUGCAUAUCUAUCUAUCUAUGGCGCUCUCUGUCUGUCUAUUGCAGUGAAUUUAUUAUCUGUCUGUCAGUUUGUCUUUCAAUCUACCUAUCUAUUACAGUCAGUCCAUUAUCUAUCUAUCUAUCUAUCUAUCUAUCUAUCUAUCUAUCAAUUACACUAAGUUCAUUGUCUACCUGUCCAUCUAUUUAUCUAUUACAGUCAGUUCAUUAUCUAUCUAUCUAUCUAUCUAUCUAUCUAUCUAUCUAUCUAUCAAUUACACUAAGUUCAUUGUCUACCUGUCCAUCUAUUUAUCUAUUACAGUCAGUUCAUUAUCUAUCUAUUAUCUAUCUAUCUAUUCAUCUAUCAUCUAUCUAUCUAUCUAUCUAUCUAUUACACUAA